AUGGAGGGCAACAUAUCAAGAGCCGUGGUGGAGAGGAAGCCUGUUCCCGAAAUAGAUUUCACCUUACAUACUAUGGAAGAUGGCACUCAGGUCAGCACGCAAGAACGCGUCUGCAAAGAUGUCCAGGCUCCUGCGAUGCAGACGCCCACCGAAGAGCAGUUCCGCUCCCCACAAGAUCCCAAUAAGCCGAACCUGGCUUUUCUCAAGCAGCACUUCUGCCGCGAAGGCCGUCUGACCGAAGACCAGGCGUUGUUCAUCAUCAAUGAGGGAGCAAAGCUGCUACGCGCUGAGCCUAACCUGCUGGAGAUGGAUGCCCCCAUCACUGUCUGCGGCGAUGUUCACGGCCAGUAUUUUGACCUGAUGAAGCUCUUCGAGGUGGGCGGUGAUCCUUCUGAGACUAGGUAUCUUUUCCUUGGUGAUUACGUCGACCGAGGAUACUUCAGCAUUGAGUGUGUGCUCUAUCUCUGGUCCCUCAAGAUCUGGUACCCAAACACACUUUGGCUCCUCCGAGGCAAUCACGAGUGCCGCCAUUUGACCGACUACUUCACCUUCAAGCUCGAGUGUAAGCACAAGUAUUCUGAAAAGGUCUAUGACGCUUGUAUGGAGGCCUUCUGCUGCCUACCACUGGCAGCUGUCAUGAACAAACAGUUCCUCUGCAUACACGGCGGGCUGAGCCCGGAGCUGCACACCCUAGAAGACAUCAAGAGCAUUGAUCGAUUCCGAGAGCCCCCUACACACGGUAUCAUGUGCGAUCUGCUUUGGGCAGAUCCACUGGAAGAGUUUGGGCAGGAGAAGACUGGAGAGUUCUACGUGCAUAACCAUGUCCGAGGCUGUUCCUACUUCUUCUCGUAUCCCGCAGCCUGCAAUUUCCUGGAGAAGAACAACUUGCUCUCAAUCAUCCGAGCUCAUGAAGCUCAAGAUGCCGGCUACCGCAUGUACCGCAAGACGAGGACAACUGGCUUUCCGUCUGUCAUGACGAUUUUCAGUGCGCCAAAUUAUCUGGACGUGUACAACAACAAGGCCGCGGUGCUCAAAUACGAGAACAACGUCAUGAACAUUCGGCAAUUCAACUGCACCCCACAUCCUUACUGGCUGCCCAAUUUUAUGGAUGUCUUUACCUGGUCAUUGCCUUUUGUUGGCGAGAAGAUCACUGACAUGUUGAUCGCCAUCCUCAAUACAUGCUCUAAGGAAGAAUUGGAGGAUGAUACACCCUUGUCUGGCGGUCCAGCCUCUCCAGCGUUGUCCGAUGCCGAAUCUACCGAAGCCAAGAGGAGAGCGAUCAAGAACAAAAUCCUUGCCAUUGGUCGCUUGUCACGCGUCUUCCAAGUGCUCCGCGAAGAGAGCGAGCGCGUUACCGAGCUCAAGACUGCUUCUGGGGGGCGUCUGCCCGCUGGCACGCUCAUGCUUGGAGCCGAGGGCAUCAAGCAGGCUAUCCACAACUUCGAAGAUGCGCGCAAAGUCGACAUCCAGAAUGAACGACUACCUCCGUCGCCAGAGGAGAUUGAGAAGAAGAGCCAGGAGGACCGCCGGGCGGCGCUGGAGAAAGCCACCAAGGAUGCCGAGAACGAUGCUACGCUGCAAGGUGUUGCCAGGAGGAUUUCGUUCGGCAAGGGUGGAGGAGCAACUCACCGUCAUAACAGAUAG